AUGGUUGUGGCCGUCUUAAGAUACUGCACGUCUUUGCACUGCACUUGGUUUGUUAAUUCUGCGGCCCAUAUGUUUGGAAGCAAACCAUAUAAUCCUAGAAUAGAGGCGCGAGAAAACCUAUUCGUAUCGUUCGGUGCCUUUGGAGAGGGGUUCCAUAAUUAUCACCACGAGUUCCCAUUUGACUACUCGACGAGUGAAAUGGGUUGGCGUCUAAACAUCACCACAAUGUUUAUAGAUGUGAUGGCACUUCUAGGACAGGCUUAUGACCGCAAAAAGGUGUCCCAAAAGCUUAUCGAUGAGAGAAAGCGUAAAGUUAUUGCAAAAGCAUUUUAAGUUUCUUAUGUUUUUAUAUU